GCUAACCUAUCGUACGUGUAGUGAACCAAUUGUUUUAAUGUUUUUAUUUAUUAAAUUUAAAUGUAUCCUUCGUAUUUAUAAAUAUGAAGAAUGGAUGAUAUUGCGAAGCAGGCAUCAUCCUAUCAGCUUGAUCAGGAGAUAUUAGAUGCCCGAGGCAUCCCUAUGACUGUAGAAGACGUAGCAGGACUACCAACGUGCAAGUACUCGGAGAGAGUUCAGUCUUUGAACCUGAGGGAUGAUGAUCUCGUCUUCCUCAAGGGGCUCCGGAGGCGGAUAAAGAAUAGGUUGGCGUCGCAGAACAGCCGCCGCAGAAACAUGGAGAACCUUCGGCGGCUGACGCGGGAGCUGCGAGCGGUGAGGGCCUGUCGUGAUGAUGCACUGGCGAACCGACGCAUGCUGCUAGCCACGAGGAGUACAUUACGAACUAAAUGCGUCACGCUCAGAACACAUAUUAUUAACAUUCUCAGUCAGCGUUCAGACCGUACCGAAGUACCCGAUAUAGAACCAGACCGCAUCAUCGAAUCGCCGCCCCCCUGCGUUCAAGCUAACAUGGACCGUAUCAAGAGUGAACUCUUCGAGUGCCGCGUGGAGAAGCUCGUGGAAGAAUCUGUGAACCAUAUGUACGAUAAACGUGUUUGUGCCAAGACUGUGUUCUUAAAGACUGAGUGUGAUAGUGAGGUGUUGAAUCUGUCUGUGAAGAAACGGAGCCACGGCCGGAAGCAGUCGAGCCCGAGACGGAUUACUUAUGUCUUCACAGAGCCAGAUGAUGAUGGCGUUUUGGACUUGAAAAUCAAAAAGGAGCCAGUUUAA